AAGUUGUCGGUCGUGGAGCAACAGAGUUACAUUUUAGACUUCUUCGGUUUCCAGUGCCCCACCGUAGCCGAACGGCGCUCAGCGUCUUCAUAUUUCGACGAUGUUCUGCUGUCGAGGCGAUUUGAGUUUGAAUAUUUCCAGGAAGGUAUAUCAGUAUUAUCAGAACUGAUUUGGCAUCUGGAGACAUAUGAUGUAACAUCAGUGCGAGCUUCCACACCGAUGUAUUUCAUGUCCCGGAAGAUCGCCGAACUGGGUGUCAAGGUGGUUUUGUCCGGGGAAGGUGCUGAUGAAAUUUUUGGCGGCUACCUAUAUUUCCAUAAUGCUCCAAAUGAUGAUGAAUUUGAGAAGGUUAUAAGUUUUCACAAUUUUUCAAAAUGCUUAAGAAACAGUAUUGCAACAUUAUUCUGA